AUGGGUCGCGCUUUGUCAAUUCUUUUGAUUUGCACAUGUAUAUCCUUAGGCGCUGUGCAUUUCAAACGGCUCAAAGAGGCCAUAUCAAGGAACGUAAUCGACAUGGGCUCUAGAUUCGAUUUGAGCGGGUAUAAAUAUGUGUUAUUUUGGGGUGUGUUGUCAACUCGUUUGACGGAGUACUCGACACCGUCGCUUGUUUAUCGUGCUGUGAAGCGUAAUACGGGAAUAAACCUCUGUAUAUUCGGCGGUAGUGAAAAAAUUUGUGCCCCAUCAUCUGUCUACAAAUUUAUUGGAUUAUCUAUGCUUACUGUUGUAGUAAAUAACAUGGAAACGGAAACACACGGAGAUCACAAUGUAGACGAUCAAAUGACCAUCUUACGGUCAAUAGCUUGUUUAAAUAUAACAAGACACCUUGGUAUCCCAGUUGGUGUGCAGCUGCAUGGUUCGGAUUACGCAUCGUUCUUGAAUGCCUCAGAUAUUACACGUAUUUGUUACCUUCGAGAACUAAAGUACAAGCUUAUAGCUAAAUCGGUGACUUGUAGAGGUUUAUUUUACUUGAUCCUCACCUUGUUCCAUACACCGACAAACAUGAAGAGAACACGCGCCUAUGUUGAAGACUUGUAUAAUCUGUUUGCUACGUCCAGUUUAGUUCCAAAGUAUUACAUAUCACUUGUUACAGAUGAGGAAGACGAGGAACCACCAAAGCAUAACGCAGGACAUUCACUUCAGGAAGUAACCAAGCAACUCUUUGAAAUUAUAACGGGGAUGAAGUUUCAGUUAUAUAAGCUAGAAUUUCCUUUAUGCACACAUGGUUUGAAGUUUUUGGAAUUGUGCCAAUAUUUGUAUAAGGUCAAGAAUAUAUUUCUUUUGGGAAUAGUGGCAAAUAAUCGUUGUGUUCUGAACCCUGUGGAAUAUAUUAUUGGCCAACAGGAUGAGGUAAUAUGGCAUGGCCUCGUUUUGGCCAAGUCUCUCAGAGAUGUGCUACAUGUAUCCAUGAUAAAAAAUCCUAUUUUGGAUCUAUUGCCCAUAAAAGUUAGCGAAACAAUUUCCGCUCCACAAUUGGGGAAUUUCAGUGCAAUACCAGAAUUAACCGAAGUACCCAUGGAUGAACGCCAACGCACAGAAGCGUCUAUGUUCAAUGGGAUAUUUAAGGUUGAUAAUUGGGAACAGGCGACGCAAUUUUUUACAGAACCGCGGGCAAAUCUAAUUUUAGUUUGCGGCUGGUUGCAUGACAUGCAUCACUUCCUCAAAUAUCUGCUUGCAGACGGCACUUCAAAUGUCAUAUGUCUGGCGCCACUAGAUGUUGCUACGAGUGAUUGUCCAAUGUCGCUGGCUAGUUUUAGAAACUUUGUCGCUUAUAUAGACGGUUCAGCAAUGGAUGCGAAUUCUCUCCUUAUUGCAGGUGUUGCAAAGGCUACCUGCAUUGUUGUUCUAAAUAGUGAACAAUUGUGCACUGGGCGAAGAAAUAAACAACUAUCGAAAGACUCGCAAGUUCUUUUCGUGGGUCAUUUAAUAAAGAAAAUCUUAGCUUCACCUUCGGAAGGCUUCAAACCUCCACAUAUUAUUCUCGACAUACAGCAUUCUUCAUGCCUAGAGUACCUGGAUCCUUCCUUGGUAUCUACUAUGGAGGCUUCUUGUGGUCGAGACGCUAUGAACCGUCUUUGGCAAAACUUUGGAGAAUUUAUGACAAGCUACGAGAUGGCAUCAGGCACUAUAUUUGUUCAAGACAUGCUUUAUGGUCUUCUUGCUCAUUCAUAUAUUCCUUCGUUUAAUUCUGUUGGAUACGAUACAAUACAACAAAUUCUCGAUGGUGAUAAAGACUCAAAAGUUAGCAACGGUAUAUGCCUGGAUGAACUGCCCCUCGAUCUUAGCGGAGCGACAUUUGAGAACUUAUUCAAACGCAAGCUAUUCCUUGAACAGAAAAUUUGUGUAGGUAUACUGCGAACGUACACCAAUCCGAUGGUAAAUGGCGAGCAAAAGCAACUAAUUAUCGUCGCGCCUCAACCAGCGUUCAUCCUACACAAUGAUGACCAGGGGCAGGCCAUAAAGCCAAUGUGGAGAAAGGCGAACACCGCCGCCGGCAUCCUGCAAAACAAUGACGCCGAACAGCUAUUCAAUAACUGGACGGCGAUUUUUCAUGUUACGGCCGGGAAGAACAGGGGAACGGAGUCGUUGGUACGGUGGGAACACUCUCAGCAAAAUGCAGAGUAA